AUGCCUAAAUUAGUUGUUAACACAAAUCUAAGCAAGGAUAAACUUCCAGAGACUUUCACGAGGGAGCUCACCUAGUAGUUAUCAAAAGCAAUGGGCAAACCAGCACAGGAAAGUCCAGAUUACAUCGCUGUGCACAUCAUACCUGACCAGAUGAUGUCUUUCGGGGGCUCCGCUGACCCUUGCGCGCUCUGCAGCCUUUACAGCAUUGGCAAAAUCGGAGGGCAGCAGAACAAGACUUACACCAAGCUCCUGUGUGAUCUGAUCUCUAAGCACUUGCAUGUAUCUGCAGACAGGGUGUACAUCAACUACUUUGACAUGAACGCUGCCAAUGUGGGCUGGAAUGGCUCCACCUUUGCGUAGAGCUCUCCUGCGUCUGAAGAAGCUGCUCCUGGGCCUGCCCUCACCCUGCCCCUUCCAAGAGACCACCGCACAAACGGCCCUGCGUUGCGUUUUGUGCACUCUCACAAACGGAGGGCUCCCUGCUAGUGUGUUUAAAUACUGCUGCUUCAACAUUCCUCUGUUUUCUCUGUAUGGAAAACAAAUAAAGAUUUAGAAGUAA